GAAACCUCAUUCUAAAUAUGCACAGUGCGUGAAUACGUACAAGUCAAAAUACUGAGUGAAACAUUCCGUUCCGUGACUUUGCUGAACAAAGAACAAAAUCAUCUUGAUGUACACCAGCUUUCUGAACAGCUAACGAAUGUUUAGAAUAUAUGACUCAUGUCAUGCAUUGCACGAGCAAAAUACAUGUAAGAAAAGUCCUCAUUUUAUAUUGGUCAUGACGCCGUGACGUUAUCGGUUAAGACUUUAGCGCUUCUAAAAGUAGAUGACUUCACUUCGUGUCAAAUUUAAGCGGAAGAUCUGAAAACAAAAUUAUCCACACCCCCGCUAUUAUCAUAGGUGGUACCGUCCACAAAGUUGAACCGCCAUCUUUGAAUUGUUUAGUGGGUCACAAUGGACAACGUAGGCUGUAUUUUCCUCGAGAAAAUAUUGGGAAAGGAUUUGGACUCCAUUUCUGGGGUCAUGGGGACCAGGGGAGACGUCCAGGAACAACAUACAGCGGCUGGUGGACGGGAGCACAGGGAAUUAGCGAUACCAAUUGAGCGUCAUGGUCCAGCCAUCGCUGACCCCGUACGGGAGGCUAAGAAAGAUCCUGGAGCUGAGGUGCCUUGGCCAUUCAGCCAUCACGGCAUACUGGGCAGUUAUCGAGGACGCUUGUACUUGUGAUAUUCCAGACUUGAGGUCGAAGCUAUGAAGGCUGAGCUGGAGUAUUCGGGCGGGAGAAUGAAGACAUAGGCGGGCCCGUCUCCACUGUAGGGACUGGCUUCACGUGCAGCAGACAGGUGGCGCCUGGAAAGGACAGACGAUAAGGAGUGACAACUCUGACAGGACAACGGAAAUGUAACGAGCAAGGGGACCUGUUGGAGCCACACAAGCUGACCAGACGAGGCAAUGGCACAGCUUGUACGGGUCCUCCUUCUGACAACAGCAUUGGGCAUUAUCGCGUCAGGCGGCAGUGCAUACGACCCUGCAGCAGUGCUGCAUUGCAGAGAGCCGUCCCUGUGUCCUGUGGGGGAGUUCCACUGUGGCAACAUGACCAAAUGCGUGCCGCAGGAGCUGCAGUGUGACGGCCAUGAUGAUUGCGGAAACAAUGAAGACGAAAUGUUUUGUGGGGACAACACCAUCGCCGAAGAAUUUGACUUGAAAUGGGGCGAAUUUGACGAAGACGACAUUUCACAUCUAGAGUAUGCCGGAGUAGACGCUCGAUUUGAGCUACCUCUCUGUGAGCUGGCAACAGUUCCCCUGUCCUGCUCGUGUGCCCAAAAUACGUCCUUGCGGUGCGAAGCACAGAACAUCACUCAAGUACCACAGGAUAUCCCUGUACAAGUCACCCGACUGUUCCUACAAGUCAACAACCUGGGGGUGUUAAGAGGCCAGCCCUUCGAGAAUCUCACCGAUCUCCAAACCCUAAACCUUAAAUGGAAUAAGAUCACCUACAUAGAGGUAUUCGUGUUCGCGGGUCUCCAAAACCUUCAGAAACUUUUCCUUGGCUAUAAUGAAUUAACCAGCAUCAAGCCUGGAACGCUUGCCAACCUCCUGAAUCUGGAAUGGCUGGGCUUGGAGGGUAACAGGCUAUCAGCAAUAUUACCCGGUGCACUGGCGGGUCCAGAACGACUCCACUGGCUGGAGAUGGAAGAAAAUCUUUUGGAUGAAAGGUCACUUCGCGUGCUGUGCCAGGACCUGCCCACAGUCGAGUGGCUGGAGCUUGAGAGGAACAGCAUCUCGAGUAUUGGCCCGGAAACUCUACAAGGUUGCCAGGUCCUGACCGUGUUGUUUCUCGACUACAACAACAUCACACGGGUGCUACCGGAGACAUUCUCAGGGUUGAAUAGACUGGCAGACAUUUCCCUAGGAGCCAACCGUAUACAGAGUUUACCGAGUGACAUAUUUUGGAAUGUCAGCGAUCUCAACCACCUGAAUCUGUCCUGGAAUCCGAUGACGGAGCUUUCUGCCGAUCUGUUUGUGGACAUUCCCUACUUACAAUCUCUGGACCUGUCUGGAUUGGAGAUCACAAACAUUUCCCUAAGCACGUUUGAAGGACUUCCUUGUCUGGAAUAUAUUUACUUCAGCAAGUUCCAGUACUGUGGCUUCACCCCUCACGUGAGAAGCUGUAAGCCGAAUUCAGACGGCAUCUCGUCCUUUGAAGACCUAUUGGCCAAUGUGGUGCUGCGGACAUGUGUGUGGGUGGUCUCCAUAGUAACAUGUACUGGAAACACUGGCGUCAUCAUCGGACGUACCGCCAUCAAGCAAGAGAACAAAGUUCACUCAUUUUUCAUCCAGAAUCUAUGUGCUUCUGACUUAAUCAUGGGGGUCUACCUGCUUAUUAUUGGCACUAAAGACGUCAUGCUCCGCGGCGUCUACAACCAACACGCCGAAGAGUGGAAGACUGGUUAUGGCUGUAAACUAAGCGGCUUCCUGGCCAUGCUCUCUGCUGAGGUAUCAGUUCUUCUCCUCACCUACAUGUCCGUGGAGAGGUUCCUGUGUGUCGUGUUCCCCUAUCGUGACAACAGACCCGACCGGUGGCAGGCGGGGAUGACCAUACUCCUGAUAUGGCUGGGCGGGUUCCUGCUGGCGCUCGUGCCGCUGAUGGUCCCGGAAUACUUUGGGAACUUUUACGGCAGCAACGGCGUGUGCUUCCCACUUCAUCUGCACGAGCCGUACAUGGCAGGCUGGGAGUACAGCGCCUUCGUCUUCAUCGGCAUCAACUUCUCCUCCCUGCUGGUCAUCAUGGCAGCCUACAUAGGGAUGUUCAUCUCCAUACAGCGCACGCGCAGCUCCAUAGCCACGCCCUUCUCGUUGCUAAGCGACAUGUCGUUCGCCAAGCGGUUCUUCUUCAUCGUGCUGACAGACUCGCUGGUCUGGCUGCCAAUCACUGCCAUCAAGUUCAUGGCGCUCACCAGUGGGCCUAUUUCAGGCACAACCUACGCAUGGAUUGUGGUCUUCGUGCUGCCGAUCAACAGCGCCGUCAACCCCAUCCUGUACUCCCUCACCACCAAGACCUUCACCACGAUCCUGGACCACAUGGUCAAGGGGGGUCCACUCAGCUGCGGCCCCGAGGUGGUGAAGGGCACGCCGGGUGUCACUACUACCGGUGGUAACAGUACAUGUAUAACCGGUCCAACUUCGUCUUCGCAGCUUGGCUACCCAUUACGACCUCUUCGAGCUUACAGAGCAAAACGCUCUAUGGAAAGUGAAAUGUCAGUAUCUUCCAGCUGCAACCCCAGUGUUCAAAUCCAGUUCACCGGUGUUGGAACCGAACCCAUGGCGACGAACGCGCUCAGCAUUAGAUUCCACGGGCGCAGUUUGGCCGACGUGCCGGAACAUCCCUCCUGCAGUGAGCCGUCAAACCGAGAGGAGGAAAGCAGCGGAGACGAGAAGAGCCAGAAAGGAAACCAGACGGCAAUGGCAUCACCUGCGGACACCCUUGAUACAUCAGAUGGAGACAACAGUAUCAACGAAGCCAACGAGACCCCCAAAACAAAUGGCAAUGCUUCUGUUGUCAGCACCAUCCAAGCAGAGAUCUGCAACCCGCCCGACUCUCCAACAAGUCCUUCUCGCCUGAGCAAACUGCCGACAGUCCUUUGUGUGGAGGAGCAUGUUGACCCCGUGUCGUCCUCUCCAACAAAAACGACCUGCUCCGACACCAACAUGGAGCCGUGUGCGCAGAUGACCUUCGAUAGAAAGAGAAAGGUCACAGCUGUCUGAGAGGUGAGUAACCAAGAGGAAGGCGUAACCCUGUCGACUGAGAUUGAGCAAUCAUGGCAACGCUGCGCUUCCUACGGAAGUCAACAUGGGUAUAUUGUAUGAAUAGGUUAUUUAUGUUUCAUAUAUUGCAACAAUACGUUAUUUAUGUUUCAUAUAUUGCAAGAAUACGUUAUUUAUGUUUCACUCGUUGUAGUGACAUAGUGUGGAUGUAAGUAUCCAAGGCAGCCUAUAUGUGGCAAUAUACGUUUUUAUAUCAUUAUUUGUGCGUUAUUGUGUAUCUUGAAUUGACUACUCACAUUCAAAGAAAGAAAGGAAGUACGAUAAAAAGAGAGGAAAAGGGGAAAAGUAUGAUAAAGAAUUAAAGAGGAAAUGUCCUAAAGAUAUAGUUUCUCUAUCUUUUCUGUCUUCAAAAUCUUGUGGUAAAGUGUUUGUCACGAGGCAUUGUCAGACAAUAUUGUUGUGAUACUGAUGCGUAAAAAUGUCACACAUAUGGCGUCUAUAUUGUACAAUAUACUAAAUGUAUCAUCAGGCAUACACCAGGGCUGAACUACAACCUACCUGUCGGCAGCUGUAGGAUACUUGUGAAAUAUAUCUUGAGAUAUGUAUAGGUAUAUUUGUACCUCAUCGUGAGUGACCACGUCGUCGCUAAACAUAUGUUUAUGACUUGCAGAAACGUUCUUGUUUAGUAGAGCUACUGCUACUGUCACUGUUAUAAUAGAACUGCUGAUAAGAACUACGUUAUUCUUGAAAACAGACAUAUCCUCACUGAUACACUGGAUAUCCAUUUAUUACCACAUCAUGUAAAAUACAAACUGUCUUGUGAUACAUCA